AGAGGCUUCUGUCAAAUAGCAAAUGUUAACGUAUUAGCAACACGGCCAUGGUAUCAAAUUCAGAUGAAACAAAUAAAAUUAUAAAUUAUAUGACUUGAAAGUCCUUCUGCAUAGACUUCCGCCCUAUACCGGUCUGAAACAAACAGUCGUUCAAAACAAGCCUUCCUGUCGACAGAGUAGCUCAUGUCAGAGCUGAGCUGUCAACGUUCAAGUCUCCGUUCAACAAACAUGACAUCGUCUCAAGUUGCUAUUGCUUUAUUGCAGUUUGACAGUGCUACCAGUGUCCCAGCUGCCCUGCCUUUAACAUGGUUUUGUGAGAACUUCUCUCACGAGGCGCAUCAGCAAUACAGUGACCGUUCAGCUUCUUGAUGGAAAUGCAAACCACUCAAUCAGAAGCAGCUCAAAUGGAGGCCAGUGUUCAUAAAGAAGACCAUGUCAUAAAAUCCAAAGAGGCUGAAACCCAUGCUGUAGAGGGAGAAACACAACUUGAUCACCAAGCGCAGGAUAACUUGCAUAAUGCUAAAGGGAAUAUUUGUAAUGGUCCUGUCAGUUCAAAUGUGCUGCCGAAUGGAGAAAGACCGACAGAGGGCUUUGGUGCUGCAGGUGACACCUGUUUGAAUGGGUCCCUGCCUCUCACAGACCCUCCACAAAGCAGCAGCUCCCCUUUGAGCUCCCAGACCCAAGAGCCAUCCCCAGGUGUGGCUGCUUAUCCACCCAUGAUGCUAGAGAAGUCUGAGGGGGCUAGUGCUGAGGUCCCGUUUCACACGGGUGAUGCAUUGCAGUCGCUCAAACUCAGUAUGCCUAUGCAGGAGACUGAAUUGUCCCACCAGAAGCCAUCACUGGAGAUGGAGAAUGAGGAGAAGAUUCGUCUGGAUGCUCGCCGGCGCCUGGAGGAGCAGCUCAAACAGUAUAGAGUACAAAGACACAAGGAAAGGUCUCACCGCACCUCCACCAAAAGCAGACAAUUCAGCACUCUGGAUCCAGAGCUCAUGCUGCAUCCCGAGGCUCUGCCACGUGCCAACACGAUUGCCAUGACGAAAGAGUAUUCCUUCCUGAGGACCAGUGUCCCACGUGGUCCCAAACUGGGUAGCUUGGGAAUUCCCCCUUCUAAGGAGAAGAAGUCCAGGUCACCCCGUCCCAGCAAGAUCCACUCUUUGGCAGACUAUAGGUCUCCAGAGAACGAUGGUGGUGGUGGAGGCGGUGGUGGGGUCGGAGUAAGGACAGCAGACAACACGAUGAGCUCCCACCAGUCCACUAUUAGCUCAGUGUCCACAUUGUCUGAGGUCAGUGUGAUGUCAGAGGGCAGCACCUGUGAGACAGAUGCACAACCUGGUGCUCAGUUUCAAGACAAUGUCUCAGAAAUUGACGGCAGCGAGUCAGGAACAAGGCCAGGGAACGAUGGCAACGACAGCGACAGCUCGUCUUACAGCAGCGUGUCCACCAGGGGGACGUACAGUUUGCUCUCUGCAGCUGUCGAAAGGCAGCGAGUGCCCUACACAGUGGAGGGGAGGGAGAUGACUGCUGAGGCAAUGGGUCAGUUCCCCUCCCUGCAGGAGGUGCUGCAGGCAGCCAGCGAAGAGCAGCACCUGCUGGAGCUGGACCAGCAGAGAGAAGAGAUGGCGGAGCCUCGGAGUCGCAGGGACAGUUUCUCCAGCAGUGUGUCUUUGGAGAGUUCCGUGAUGGGCCAUGAUGAAAUGCUCCAAGUUAUGAAAGAGAAAAUGAGACUCGAAGGUCAACUGGAAUCCUUGUCAUCGGAGGCUAAUCAGGCUCUCAAAGAGAAGACGGAGCUUCAGGCCCAACUGGCUACAGUGAAUGCUCAGUUGCAGGCUAAGAAGGAGGAGGCUCAGGUGAGCCAGGUGAAACAGAGCACCCUCACUACAGAGGUUGGCACACUGCGGCAGAACUGCAGCCAGCUAGAGAAGGCCAUGGUGGAGCUUCAGGGGAGUCUGGAAAGCAAGAAUGCCAGUCUGUCUUCUCUGAGCAAUGAUCUGAAGGUGGCUGAAGAUCAGUACAACAGGCUGAUGGUGAAGGUGGAGGAGAUGCAAAACACUGUGACCAUAAGAGAUAAUACAGUGCAUGAGUUGCGUCAGCAGAUGGGUGGUCUUCAGAACCAGCUUCAACAGGUUCAUCUGGAGCGCAGCACCCUGCAGAGCCGACUGAAGACUUCUCAGGCUGAGAUUGACUCGCUGCAGCAGGUCAGACAGUGGUACCAGCAGCAGCUGGCACUGGCCCAGGAGGCAAGAGUCCGUCUGCAAAGUGAAAUGGCCAACAUGCAGACUGGACAGAUGACUCAGAUUGGUGUUCUGGAACAUCUGAAGCUGGAAAAUGUGACAUUGUCUCACCAGCUCAAUGAGACACAACAUCGCUCCAUUAAAGAAAAAGAGCGUAUUGCAGUUCAGCUGCAAAGCAUUGAGGCUGACAUGCUGACCCAAGAAGCAGCUUAUAAACAGAUCCAGGAUGCAAAGACCAUGGUGGAAGAUGACCUGCAGCAAAGACUGGAUGAGUUCGAGGAGGAGAGGGAGCACUUAAUAAAAUUAGCCAACACAGCCAGCACCUUGGAAAGGGAACUAGAGCAGGUAAAGUUGAGCCUUUCCCAGAAGGACAAGCAGCUGCAGUCACUCCAGAAAGAACACCUGGAGCUAAUGCGCCAGCUGACAACCACUCAGGAGAACCUGCACACCAAAGAGCAGUCCAUCAACCAGCUUGAGGCUCGCUACAUGGAACUGGAGACCCAGCUGGCGGAGCUGCAGACGGAUAGCAACACCAAGGAUGAUAAUAUCCAAUAUCUCCAAAAUGAGAAAAUUGUCCUGGAGGUAGCGCUGCAAGCAGCACGAGCUGACAAGAGUCAACUUGACGAGAGUGCUGAGCGGCUGGGAGACGAUGUGCUGGUGGCCUCGGAUGUCUUGGAUCAGCUCAGACAAGAAGUCCAGGUCAAAGCCAGUCAGAUUGAAGCUCUCCAACAAGAAAACAGUACCCUGAAGAAACAGGCACAGAAAUUUAAGGAGCAGUACCAACAACAGAAGGUGAUGGUGGAAGCAUAUCGGCGCGACGCCAGCUCAAAGGACCAGUUGAUCAGUGAGCUCAAGUCGACCAAAAAGCGCUUGUUGGAAGAGGUGAAGGACCUUAGGCAGGACCUGCUGGGUGUCCAGGAAGACAAGCAAAAGGCAGAGCUGGAACGGGUUCGGCUACAGAGGGAGGUGGUGAGAGUCCAGGAGCAGAUGAAUAACAUGGAAGCUCAUCUGCAAUCUAUUCAGACAGAACGGGAUCAGCUAGAAACCCACAUCCAGUCUCUACAGUUUGAUCAGAGCCAACUAGCAGCAGUUACACAAGAAAAUGAAGUCCUCAGGAAACAGGUGGAGCAAAUGGAGGCUGAAGCCAAAAAGGCCAUCUCAGAGCAGAAGGUGCGCGUGAAGAGGAUGGGGACGGAUUUGACAAGUGCUCAGAAGGAGAUGAAGGCCAAACACAAAGCCUACGAGAAUGCCGUGGGCAUCCUGAGCAGGAGGCUGCAGGAGACUCUGACUGACAAGGAGGCCGCUGAGGCAGAACUGGUCAAACUCAAGGCCCAAAUGUCAGAUGAAGGACACAGCCAGGCCUUACAGGUAAAGAUAAAGGUUCUGCAGGAGGAGCUGCAGGCUGUGACCAAAAGCAAGACUAUGCUGGAGAAGGAGCUGCAGGAAGUCAUCACGCUCACCUCCACAGAACUGGAGGAGUAUCAGGAGAAGGUCAUGGAGCUUGAAGAUGAGCUUCAAGAAUCGCGGUGCUUCAAGAAGCGGAUCAGAAAGUUAGAAGAUGCCAACAAGAAGUUGGCUCUUGAGCUGGAGCAUGAAAAAGGGAAACUGGCAGGAUUGGCACAAUCCCAUAAUACACUGCGGGAGCAUUCCAACAUUUUGGAAUCGGCUCUUGCUAAGAGAGAGGCUGAUCUUGUUCAACUCAACUUACAGGUUCAAGCUGUUCUGAAGCGUAAAGAAGAGGAGGACCAGCAAAUGAAGCAGGUGGUACAAACUCUCCAGCUUGCCUUGGAAAAAGAGAAAACCAAAGUCAAGGACCUAAAGGAACAGGUGGCAGCAGCAAAGGCUGAAGCAGCCCACAAUAGAAGGCAUUACAGGGCAGCCAUGCUGGAGUUGUCCGAGAUCAAGAAGGACCUGCAGGCCAAAGAGGACCUGGUGAAAACUCUGCAGAGUGAAGCUCACAAUCUACAGGCUCAGGAUGAGCAGCAUGCUCAGGAAGUUUCCAGAUUCCAGGAGGAGCUGGCUGAGGCCCACUCACAACUCCAGAUCCUCCAGAAACAGCUGAACGAGGAGCUGGCCAAGCAGCCCCUCACUCACCAAGAGGUUGAGGACCUGAAGUGGGAGGUGGAGCAGAAGCAGAGAGAGAUUGAAGCUCAGAAGCACCAGGUGGAGAUGAUGGAGCAGUGCCAUCACAGAGAGCUGGACAACCUCCAGACAGCUCUGCAGAGCAUCAAGGUGGAGCUGGAGUCAGUGCAGGAGGACCUGAGCAGCACCAGGAAAGACAAGUUUAUGUUGCAGGCCAAAGUGGGUGAGCUGAGGAACAGCAUGAAGACGGUCUUGCUGCAGAACCAGCAACUCAAACUGGAGCUCAAACAGAGUCGCCUGAGGAAGCAGCGCAUGGAGUUUAAGAGCGAGGGGAACCCAUCCAACCCAGUGACACCGGUAAAGAUCCCAGACUGUCCAGUGCCUGCCUCCCUGCUGGAUGAGUUGUUGAAACCAUCAACUUCUGUCAACAAGGAGCCGCUCAACAACCUGCACAACUGUCUCCGGCAGCUCAAGGAGGAGAUGGACAGCCUCCAACGGCAGAUGGAGGAACACACAGUAACAGUACAUGAGUCAGUGAGCUCAUGGACAAACUCAGAACUGGAGCUUGAAAACAACAUCUCCAAAUCAUCAACAGCGCUAAAUAAUAUGGUGGUAGAAAAUAACAAUGAAGCAGAACAGCAGCAGCAAUCAUAACAGAACUUUUCUCAGGCCAAUAGAGGGAGAGUGGACUUUUAUCCACAAAGGCACUUUUCAGUCCCAUAAUCUCUUUCUCUUUAACAAUUGCUGCCAACAUUUGGCAUUCUCUCAUUGGCACAGAGGUGCUUUCGCAGAGUAAUACUCUAUAAUACCAUAGCUUUAUUCUUUCCUCUUUUUUUGAUGAUUGUUCACAUUUAUGUUUUGCUAUUGUCACAUUUAUUUAUUUAGAGUUAAAGAAUUACAUUUAAACAUUUGAUCUGUUGGGACAGUUCUCCCCCGGCAAAUCAAUCGUUUUAUUCACUAAAAAGUAUUUAAUCAUCAAAAUAAACCAGUGGCUUUGAUGAUAGAAAAAUGAUGGCUGACGGUGAUUUAAAUAGUGUUUUUGACAGAAACUACUGUUGCCUCCAGACUGGCAAUGAAUUGUUCUUCCAUUUCAUUGUGCCUGUGAAUGAGUAAAAUUGCCUAUCUUUGAUUUAACUGAUGCUUGUGACGACACAUCAUAACUGCCUUUCAGGAAGUUAAAAGUCAUAUACAGUUGUGAUCAGUUUUUUUUGGUAUGGCUUCUCAGUGUUUCUUGGGUUGGUUGCUACCAUAUCACCUUGGGUUGUUAAAGUGAAAAAAAAAAUCUCGGUUAUGUAUGGAGUCAGAGUACAGUGUUUUGAAUAGCAUGGACUGCAGUAAUUCGCACGCAAUAAAGCCUUAAGGAAUCUUUAAAAUGCUGUAAAGGACUAAGUCGGUUUGGAUUUAAUGUAUUUCUGUGGAGGAUGUGUGCAAGAUGUUGUAUGUUAUAUUGUUUAUGUGCAAAUCUAUCUGGAGAAUGGUUUAUUGUAAGAUAAAUGGGUCUCAUUAACUGACACUGCACACUAAAUGAUCAAAAUUUAACUGACUGAGGGAGUAGUAGUAUGACGUGGAAGUGUUACCUCUAUCAGCAGGUGCAAUCAGAUGUGUUUAUUUACUGUUGUUACAUUUGGUACAUACUGUAUUUACAAAAAAAAAAACUAACCCCUGAAUCAGAUGUUGUACUUGUUAUGUUGUUUCACGGGCAAGGGGCUAAGUUAAUUGUUUCCAGAGGUUAAUAUAUAAAUACACUUUCUUUUUGUAUGAUUGUAACUUUAUCAUAAUUGUUUGAUAGUGUAAAGAAGAUUAAAUGCAAGCAUCAAACGCAAAACCUAAAUCAAAGCUGAUAGUCAUUUUCGUACAGCUGCACUAACAUUUCACUGUAGAGGGAGUCAUAUUGGACCGCAUGCAACUGUGCUGCAGCCACUGUUAGUGCUUAUUCCCACACUAAAGAGAAAUGUUUCUGAAUCACCAUGGUAUGCUUUGGAUCUUUCCAAAAGGGACAGUAAAUAUUUUGAGAAUGCUUGUUGGAGUCAUAACAAAAAACUAUUGCUAUAUUGUGUUCUGAAAAAAAAAGUCAUUUGAAUUGUAUCUUCCAAACUUUAUUUCAUUGUAACAUAAAGACAGUAAUAACAUUUGUUGGUGCAUCUGCGCUGUAUGCAUAAAUCUGGUUGUAUGUUGUAGUUGGUUUUUUUUUCUUCAAAUGUUGGACUCGAUUCAUUCCUGUUUUAACAUUUGUGUUGGGAGCUGUGAUUGUAUUUAUCAUAAAAUUGCACUAUUAUUCAUCUGUCA